GAAGUUCCUACCCAGUGUCCAUGUGAGUGGAAGGGGUCCAUGUUUCCUCCUGGAACUACAAUCACUCAACACUGCCAGAACUGUUCUUGCGAAGAUGGUGUGUGGCAUUGCGAUGGGGUAGCUUGCCCCCAUCCCGUGCCAACCUGUCAGGAAUCCGAGUUUUCCUGUGCAAGCGGUCUCUGUGUCCCCUCUGAAUGGGUAUGUGACAAUGAAGAUGACUGUGGUGACGGCACUGAUGAGAUUUGUCCAUUCACCUGCUCACCGGAACAUUUCCGCUGCACCAGCACGCCGAGUGGACCGUGUUUGAACCUAGCUUUGCGUUGUGACGGCCACCCAGACUGUGCUGACCAAUCAGACGAGGAGCACUGUGGCCCCGCCACUCCAGUGCCCCUGUGCCCACCGGGGGAGUUUCAGUGCGCCAACGGGAAAUGUCUCUCAGCCAGCCGUGUGUGUGACGGACGGCUGGACUGUGGAUUUGCUGAUGGUUCUGAUGAGCAAGAUUGUGGUGUCAUGUGCGAUGAAGGGGAGUACCUCUGUGCUGGAGGACGAUGUAUUCUUUACCUUCAUCGUUGUGACGGCCAUGAUGACUGCGGAGAUCUCAGUGACGAAAGGGGAUGUGUCUGUGCACAAACGGAAUUUCAGUGCCCAGGGGCCCAGUGUGUCCCUGCAGAGAAAGUAUGUGAUGGACUGAGAGAUUGCCCGUCUGGAACAGAUGAAGCUGUCUGUCCAGUUGGAGUGACAUGCGGACCCGACCAGUUUGCCUGCCGUGACGGCACUUGUGUUGCCAUCACAACGCUGUGCGAUGGAGCACGAGACUGCCCGGCUGGAGAGGACGAAAAACCAGCCAACUGUUAUUCUUUCAUUCCUCCGCUACCUUCACCUUUGACCCCGACCGUGCCAACCUCAGGUUGCUGGUCCUAUGAGUUUGCCUGUGCCACUGGUGGGCAGUGUGUGCCCCAAACUUGGCAUUGUGAUGGCGAGUCCGACUGUUUGGAUGGUAGUGAUGAGCAGCAGUGCCCUUCACUCUGCGGUCCUGGCCAAGUGCUCUGCCUGAGCGGCGACCAAUGCGUGCGUUACCAGCAACUGUGUGACGGCAACGCAGACUGCCGUGACGCAUCAGAUGAGAGCAUAGACAACUGCGGCUCAGUCCGGAUCCCCCCAUGUCCCGGCAGCUUCUCAUGUGACAAUCGCACCUGCGUGAACAUGUCAAGAGUGUGCAACGGUAUCCCUGACUGUCCGCGGGGUGAUGACGAGCUCCUGUGUGGUAAAUACGUCUCACCAGCGCCCCCUGGCGAUAGGAAUACCACCGUCUCCUGUCCCGAAUUCACCUGUCUGGAUGGAUCUUGUAUCAAUUUCAACAUGAUGUGCAAUGGUGUGGCAGACUGCCCAGACUCCUCACUGGCACCGCACGGGGGUCCGACUGAUGAGCAGGGUUGCCGAAGUUGGGGCUCCUGGGGUUCUUGGACCCCCUGCAGCACCACCUGUGGUACAGGCUCCAUGAGCCGGCGCAGAUCUUGUCCCGCGGGAGACAUAUUGCACCACUGUCGGGGUCAGGAGGUCCAGAAGCAGCAGUGCUUCAACACCACUUGCCCUGUGGAUGGUCGCUGGCUUCCAUGGGUGAGCUGGUCAAACUGUUCCAGCGAGUGUGGAGGAGUGCAGAUCCGACACAGAGACUGCAUCCUGCCUCAAAAUGGAGGACGAGAUUGCUUCCAGCUCCCAGGACCAUCCAACCUAAGCUUGGAAAUUAGGCCUUGUUCGGAGGAUGCCUGUUCCAGCAGCAGCUGUCCGACAGGCCUGGUGAGACACAACUGUUCCCCCUGCCCUGUGUCUUGCGCUCACAUCAGCAGUGGGACUACCUGCGAUCCCACAGCACCCUGCUUCUCAGGCUGCUGGUGUCCAGAGGGGCGGGUAAUGAGCCACACACAGCAAUGUGUGUUGCCAGAGGAGUGUGUGUGUGAGCUGGCAGGUGUGCGCUACAGGCCAGGACAGCAGAUGAAGGUGGACUGUGAGAUUUGUGUUUGUGAGAGAGGAAGACCUCGACGAUGCCAACCCAACCCGGACUGCUCUGUACAUUGCGCUUGGUCGUCAUGGUCAGAGUGGGGCCAGUGUUUGGGGCCAUGUGGUGUGCAGAGUGUCCAGUGGUCAUUCCGGAGUCCAAACAACCCACCCAACCACGGAGAUACAAAAACCUGCAGAGGCAUCUAUCGAAAAGCGCGUCGAUGUCAGACUGACCCCUGUGAUGAGUGCGAGUACCAAGGUCAGUCCCACACAGUUGGGGACAGGUGGAGGUCCGACCAUUGCCACUUGUGUCAUUGUUUGCCCAACCUCUCGGUGCAGUGCUCUCCCUACUGCCCGUAUGCUGUUACCGGAUGCCCACAGGUAAUAGACAAAUCUAUUACCUUAAUUCAACAUAUACCAUAA